AUGAGUCUGCUGAGGCCCAGCGGGCUGAAGGCCCCCACCAAGAUCCUCAAGCAUGGGAGCUGGGCCCUGAAGGUGCCCUCGGCCGCGGCUGCUCCCGUUGAGAAGUCCGUGCCUGGGGAGAAAACCCCCAGCGCCCCCUCCUCGGAGACGCAGGAGGAGUUUGUGGACGACUUCCAGGUCGGGGAACGAGUCUGGGUGAAGGGGAACAAGCCUGGAUUCAUCCAGUUCCUCGGGGAGACCCAGUUUGCCCCUGGUCAGUGGGCCGGGAUCGUCUUGGACGAGCCCAUCGGCAAGAACGACGGCUCGGUGGCGGGUGUGCGCUACUUCCAGUGCAAGCCGCUGAAGGGCAUCUUCACCCGGCCGUCCAAGCUGAGCAGGAACUGGCAGGCUGAAGAUGAGACCAACGGCCUGCAGCCAGCGCCUGCUGCCCCGGCCACACCGCCCCGGUCGGCCUCCCCGGCCCCUGCCGCCGCCCCAAAGGUGCCCCAGCCCUCCACAAAGGAGGCACCGGCCGCCCCUCACAUCAGCAACCUGACCAGGACGGCCAGCGAGUCCAUCUCCAACCUCUCGGAGGCUGGCUCCCUCAAGAACGGGGAGCAGGAGCUGAAGCUCGGGGACCGGGUGCUGGUGGGAGGCGUGAAGGCCGGUGUGGUGCGCUUUCUCGGGGAGACGAACUUCGCUAAGGGGGAUUGGUGUGGUGUGGAGCUGGACAAGCCGCUGGGCAAGAACGAUGGCGCUGUGGCUGGAACGAGGUACUUCCAGUGUCAGCCCAAGUGUGGCUUGUUUGUUCGCAUUCACAAAGUCACCAAGAUCGGCUUCCCCUCCACGACACCGGCCAAGGCCAAGGCAGCCCCCGUGAGGCGUGUGAUGGCCACCACCCCCGCCAGCCUGAAGCGCCGCCUGUCGGCCUCCUCGCUCAGCUCUGUGAGCUCCGUGGCCUCAUCCGUGAGCAGCAGGCCCAGCCACACGGGACUAUUGCCGGUAACUUCCUCUCGCUGCGCCCGCAAGAUCUCCGGCACCACCGCCCUCCAGGAGGCGCUGAAGGAGAAGCAGCAGCACAUUGAGCAGCUGCUGGCCGAGCGAGACCUGGAGCGGGUGGAGGUGGCCAAGGCCACGAGCCAUGUGGGGGAGAUAGAGCAGGAGCUGGCCCGCCGGGAUGGGCACAACCAGCACAUCCUGGAGCUGGAGGCCAAGAUGGACGAGCUGCGGGCCAUGCUGGAAGCGAGCGACUGGGAGAAGGUGGAGCUGCUGAACCACCUGGAGGAGGAGAAGAGGAAAGUGGAGGACCUCCAGUUCCGAGUCGAAGAGGAGUCCAUCACCAAAGGCGACCUGCAGGAGGUGAAGGCCCUGCAGGCGGCCUCUGAGAAGCUCGCCAAGGAGAACGAGUGGGGGAGGACCAAGCUGGACCACGCGAACGAGGAGAACACGGACGUGAUCGCCCCGUGGAAGUCCAAGCUGGAGACAGCCAUCGCCCCGCACCAACAGGCCAUGGGCGAGCCGAAGGCGUUCGUGAGCCGGGGCGUGGGUGCCGAGGCGGCCGAGCUGGCCGAGCUCAAGAUGCAGAUGGAGAGGCUGCAGUUCGAGUCCCAGCAGGAGGUGGAGAACUUGAAGGCCCAGCAGGUGGCUGAGCGUGCAGCACACGCCUCUGAGCUGCAGACGCUCAGGUCGCGGCUGGUCAGGAUGGCCCAGGAGCAGAAGAACAGCCUGGAGGCCGCGCGGGCCAAGCUCGACCAGACCGAGGACCAGCACCUGGUGGAGAUGGAGGACGCCCUGAACAAGCUGCAGGAGGCGGAGACGAAGGUAAAGCACCUGGAGGGGUUGCGGGCCAUGUGUAGUCAGCAAGCCCAGGCCCUGGCCGACGCCACGGCGCAGCUGGAGGCCACCCAGGAGAAGCUCUUGCAGCUCGAUGGGCUCUGGAAGGCCAGUUGAGGUAAAUUGGGAAUGGAGAAGCUCAGGCAGCAGCUCCAGGUGGCUGAGCAGCAGAUUCAGGAGUUAGAGAAUGCAAAGUGGGCCGAGAGCGGCAGGUUGGCCGAUAGCCUGGCCGAGGAGCUGCAGGGGAAGGAGCUAGCGCUUCGUAGUCUUCAGGAGAACUUGAACGAAGUCAGUCGAGUGAAGGAGGCUUUGGAGAAAGAGCUUCGGAGUUUGAAAGAAAAGUUCACAGAGGCUUCAGAAGAGUCAGCCUCUGUUCAGAAAAACAGGCAAGAAUCUGUUGAUAAGUUACAUCAACAAGAAGAACAGUUUAAGGCGCUGUCUUCUGAACUGGAGAAGUUGCGAGGAAAUCGAACAGAUAUGGAGGCUGAAUUCAAAGAGAGAGAUGUGCGAGAAGAGCAGUUGACGAAGGCAAAGGCCAAGUUGUCAAACGACAUCGCAGACAUCGUGAAAAUGUCCGGGGAAAACUUGGCACAGCUGACGAGAAUGAAUGAUGAACUACGCCUGCAGGAGAGCCGAGCGGCCAGCCUGCCCCAGCUGGGCACGGCGUCGGAGUUUCCCGCAGAGAGUGCCGACUUAUUAACCUCAGACAAAGAGGAAAUUGAACUGAUGUCGGAGGAUCGCAGGGCCCUGAGGUCAGAGAAUCAAUUGCUGGCGAAGGAGAAGCUCUUUCUGAAGUCAGAGAGAGGGUCGUUGCUAUUGAAGCUAAAGGAAGCGGAGGCCAAAAACUCUUCGCUGCGGGAAGAGCAGAGGAAGCUCUGGCUGUUGAACCAAGCGAUUCUCUUCGAUAAAGAGAAGGUCAUCGAGGCCAGGCGGGCCGCAGAGAAGCUCUGGCAGGAGGAGCGGCUCGGCUGAGAAGCCCUCGAGGCAGAGAAAGAGAAAGUGCUGGAAGAGGGCAGGGCGGUGCAGGAGGAGCUCCAGAGGGUGCGCGCGGAGAACGACGCCCUGCAGGUCGCCAAGGUGGGGCUGCAGGCCCUGGUGGAGGAGCUGCAGAUGAGCAAGAGCGGCCUGGUGGCCGAGUGUAAGAAGGGCCUGGAGGAGAGGGGCCAGCUGGAGGAGCAUGCGAAGAAGCUGGUUCUGGAGAACCUAUCCCUGGCCAAGGACAAGGACAACAUCAUCCAGAAGCUGCAGUGCUCCUAUCAUGAGCUGGCUUGGGAUCAGAAGUCGCUGGUGCAAGAGAUCGAGGAGCUCACGGCCGAGAAGAAGUCGGCCGUGGAGAAGCAGUCGGGCCUCGACAGCCUGUGUGUGGCUCUGAAGCUGGAGCGUGACGGCCUGGCCCAGAGCAACAAGGAGCUAUAGCUGGAGAAAGACCUGCUGAGCCAGGAGCACGAGAAGCUGGGCGCCAGCCUGGAGGCGGCGCUACAGGUGAAGGAGCUGCUGGGCGCCAAGGCCAGCUGCCUGCGCACGCAGCUGGAUGAGGACAAGGCCGUGCACAAGGCCAAGCUGAAGGCACUGCAGACGCAGGCGGCCAACGCCCACCUGGCACAGCUGCUGGAGCAGAUCAAGACCAGCAGGGAGAACUCCGACUCGGAGUGCGUGCAACUUCUGCAUGAGAAGGAGACGCUGAGCCUGGCUGAGCGGCAGCUGGCGGCCGAGAAGAAGGACCUCCUCGGCGAGAAGGACCUCCUGGCCCAGAAGCUCGGCCGCUGCUUCGAGGAGGCGUUCCGCAUGGAGUCGGCCCUGCGCGAGCCGCUGAACAGCCUGGGCUCCGAGAAGGAGCUGCUGGGUCAGAAGGCCACGAAGCUCCAGCAGCAGCUGGACUGGUUGCUGAAAGACCAGGCACUGCUGGAGGCGCAGCAGACCGAGCUGCUGGCCGAGCGGGAGGCGUCCCUGCAGGCCCUGGGCGAGCUCCAGCAGAAGCACGAGGAGGCGGCGGCGAAGCGCCGGGUGGCUGUCCAAGAGAAGAGGAAGCUGCUCGGUGAGCUAGACGUGUUGCAGCGGGAGCUCCAGGAGCAGCGCCAGGAGAACCAGGGGCUGAUGGCCAGCCAGGGCGCCCUCGAGGUGGCGCUGCAGGAGGCCCAGGACGAGGCCCGCAGCCUGGAGAAGACACACGCCAGCGUGCUACAGGCCAAGGAGGCGCUCAACGCCGAGUGGUAGGAGGAGUGCUGGCGGCUGGUGGAGGACAGACUCGCGGCACAGCAGGCCCUGGUGCAGGAGUGGGAGGCCUGCGCCCAGGAGACCCAGGCGGCCGCCCACGAGACCAGCCACCUGCGAGGCCGCCUGGGGCUGCUGGAGCAGGAGGCAGAGGAGCUGCGGACGCACACACAGGGACUGCAGGCCCAGCGCCUGGACCUGCUGGAGGAGAAGGCGCGGUCAGACCAGAAGGUGGCCGAGAUCCUGCGGGAGAAGGAGAUGCUGAGCGCCGAUGCCGCCCGGCUGGCCAACGAUAUCGAGGCCCUCAAGGGCGAGUUCGUGGCCCUGUCCAAAUCCAAGCUGGAGCUGCAGGGCCUGCACAGCUGCCUCGCCCAGAUCCUGGCCGACCUGCAGCGCAAGCACGAGGCGGCCCUGGCCGAGCAGGCCCAGCCCGGGCAAGAGAACGAGAGCCUGCUGGCCGAGAAGAGGGAGCUGCAGCAAGAGAGGGCCGAGCUCCUGCGGGAGAAGGAGCAGCUGGCCGGCAGUUACUUCCUCCUCCAGAAGGUCAGUCGGCUGGCCCAGACCAGCAGCCACGUCUCUGCCAACCUCCUGGAGGCCCAGAAGGGGAACCGCAUGCUGAGGAAGGACAAGAUCAGGCUCGCCGUUAAAAUCAGAGAGCUCGAGAUGCUGCAGUCUUUCACGGCUGUGCAGACAGCGGAAGAUGCCAGGCAUUUUAUGGAACAACUGUCCCAAGAGAAGACAGAGACCCUGGACUCCCUGGAGGACACAAGGAACACCAAUGCAAACUUGCAGAAU